AUGAGCUUCCACAAACCGCCACACCCCUCCCUUCUCGAAACCAUCCCAGCUUCCGACUUCAAAGACUUCCUAACCGUAGCGCUCGACCUCCACACCUACAGCCUCGACUUCCUGAAUAUCAUCCCACUCGAUAAUAGAGAUAUUACUCUCUACUUAGACAGACACCCACUAGCGACAGCAAAAGGACUGCAGGUCCGAUAUGACAAUCUAGACCGAGAGUACGGCUGGGCCUUGGCUUCUGAUCACGAAAAUGUUGAUAGAGUACUAAGCCAGUUUUGCAAAGCCGGGAGAAAGCCGAGCGAGUGGUUUGCGGAAUUCGUGGGUGAGUUGGAGAGUGUACGACGGUUGUUGGAGAAGGAGGUUGCACAGUGGGAGAAGGUCUAUGAUCAUAAACCUUCCUAUUUGCUUGAUAAGUAG